UUUUCGAGCAUACCUCAUUUGUGUAUAAUACUUGUCAAGCUAACAUAUUUUUGUUAUGGUAUAUUUUACAAAUUUAUUCAAUAUAUUUUCUUAUGAGAUUUUUAAUAUACUUUUACAACGAUUUUGCCUUAAUACGUUCGUUGAACAUGAUAUGGCCUCUAAAAGUGAUACAAAUGAAUCGGAUCAGCGGACUGCUUUGCCACCAAUAGUAAAGAGUAAUCCACGCGAAAAAAUCGAUGAAAAUAAUAUUUCAGUUAAAGACAUAAUAUUAGCUCGUAAAGAAAAAAACCCGGCAAAUGAGCCAUGGAUACAAUUUCCAUCAGGGAAACCGUCUUCGCCAAUACCACUACACCCAUUAACAAUUGCGUGGUCUCCGAACAAGUUGUAUUUUGAAAUCGACGAAAAAGAAGUUAUUAGACAAUUGUGGGUGUGGAAUAGUUGUCCACGUACUAUAUACCUCCAUUGUUGUGGUCUGUGGGAUGAAACUGCUCGAUUAGGCGCUAGUUGGAAGUGCUAUCCCCGCACUCGAUUCCGAUUGGCCCCAGGACUAAAAGGAGAACUGUUCGUCAGAGCUAUCCCUCGGAACCAAAGCCCUGUGCCAUAUAGCUUCUUUGGACUUCAAGUAGCCGCCGCUCACAUGCGAGAUUGUGUCACAGGUCAUUUUAUCGUACCGGUUCACGUUAAAUUCUUGAAGUAUGUAUCGCCAUAUUUGGGAGAAGGGGAAUAAAUUAUGCUCAUUUUAAAA